AUGUCCAGUUAUCAGCGGCCACCAAUACGACAGGUGGCAGAGAGGUCGAGUACCCCCGUACGAGGUGUCGCAGCAAGUCAGCGUAUCAUUGCUGCCAGAAUUCAAGGUGGGGCUUCUGGGAGUCACAGAGGCAGUCAGAGUGAUCUGGGUGGAGAAGAUGCCAUACCCGCUGGGGCAGGAGGCAAUAUGGAGUUUGAGAAGUGUGACAGAGCUGGCUGUGGAGACGUGAUGGAACCUGGCCAGCCUGAGUUCUCAAACGAGGCUUCUGUCAAUGACUCCCGAGUGUUGAGGGAUGAAAGCAACUUUAUACAGAACGUGGGCCAGUUCUUCAACCAGCAGGAUAUGAGUGAUGUUGUUUUGAAAAUUGGGAAAGAAAAAUACUUUGGCCACAAAUUUGUGCUAGCCAAGUCUAGUGAUGUCUUUCGAACAAUGCUGUACAAUAAGAAUUGGUCACAGGCAGAGCUGCCGGAGAUUGAACUGGAGGAGACCGAAGAGUGUCAGAAAUACUUUGACACCUUCCUCCGGUUCUUGUACACGGCAGAGGUGGUCAUCAGUGUCAAGUCAGCUGUGGGGAUUUUGUGUCUGGCAGACAAGUACGGCGUCACUUCACUGAAGAGUUUAUGCACAAAGUACAUGGUGGAACAUACCAGAUCACCUCUAGUCCAGAAUGCUUUGAGCUGGUACUCCUGGGCCAAAGCACUCCACAUGGAAGAACUGAUAACUCAGUGCUCCAAAACCAUUGCCUGGAAUGCAGAGCAGCUGCUGACCUCCUCAGAAUGGGACCACAUGGACGUUGAUUUUGUGAGUGAUCUGCUGAAGAAUGGAGACCUGGUCAUUCCAAAGGAGUUCCUGUUGUUUAAGGCUUUAGGCAGUUGGUUGCAGCAUGAGGAGCAUGUGGAGAAGUACACGGAGCAUGUCAGGAAACUGUUGCCAUUGAUCAGAUUUCCGCAGAUGCAGGUUCAUGAGCUUUAUGAAGUGGAACAGUGUGAGAUGUUCAGACAUGAAGAGCUUGGUCCUCUACUGGACCACCUCAUCAACAGAGCCUACAGAUUCCGUUCACUGUGUCCCCAGCAGGCAGAGAUUGGGGUUUCUUUUGCAGAGGACUUUUACCGGCCAAGGAAUUAUCUGGAUUUGUCAGUGGACACAGUCCGCAUGCAGAACACCUUGAGAUAUGGCAUUCAGGUGGAUGUCCGAACUUAUGUCGGACCUGUACCAUCCAUGGCUCGAGACGGCGAGUGGAAGAUCUCUUAUAGAAAGUCUAAUGACACGUGGACCAUACAGCUGUACUGCCAUGAGUCGGCUCUGGUUGGAGGAGAAGCCCAGAUUCAAGCAGCGCUGAUCAUCACCAAUGAGAAUGACCAAGUGGUCCAGGUAGAAGAGUCGGAUGUCACUGUCUGUAGCCGUGGCAACCACCUCACCAUGAGUGUCGGCGUGGCCAAUCAGGAGCAGUGCAAGAACAUGGCCGUGCUGAUAAAACCCAUACCAAAAUGA